AUGAAUCCCGAAUGUCGAAAACCCGUUUUAUUAUGGGGUGUUCUUGGCGGGUUUAUGACUGGGACUCUCGAUUUUCUGCGAACAAGUAACCUUCGUCGUGGUGUGCAUGUUGGUUUAGUGUCCAUAAUGUUUAUAUCUACAUGUGCUAACAUAACAUGCCAUCAUUUGAAGUUCAAGCGUAACCAAGAAAAUCGGAUGUCAUAUUUUGAUUUUAAAAAGCGGUUGGAUGAAGAACUAGCUCAAAAGCUUUCAUUAUCACAACAAAAAAUAUGA